AUUAUAAUCGGGACGUGCGGUUUGGCAAAAAUUAAAUUCAGCAUUACUCAGUUCCUGCGAAAAUCAUUGAAUCCACGUUACUGAAGAGCGUAGCCAACCGUAACUAGAGAUUAGUCUCACUGCAUCAUUACUCAAACAGAUACUAUGUACAGAUUGUUUUCAUUGUCAGCACUGUUAUUCCUGGUACGUGCUGAUCCGAGAACCCCAAAGAUAUACAACGUUUUGAUAAGCACGAAGAAGAAUUUAUCCCCUAGUCAUGCCCUCCCCGUCUACGAGCCGGUGUUGAGGACAACAUCCCUCGGAAUAGCACUACCGCCCUUUUUCUAUCAAUCGCCGAUCGCCACCUUCGUUGCGACACCACCGAAAGUAGGCAAACCAGAAAAUGAGGAGUUACAAAGUGCGCUACAACCACUACCUGUGGAGCGGUUCGUACCAUACGCCUACGCCCCUCCGGGCUACUACGCGCAGGAAACUCAGCCCGAAAAGCCAAAAACACUACCCGAAGAAAUUUACCAAAAAGCCGAUGAUCCUAAACACGAGAUCGCAAACCUGAAGAGAAACCCAAACAUUCCCGACGUCCCUCCUCCAGCCUUACCCACACGAAACGCGACAUGAUUUAUAGGGUUAUGCAAUGAAAUGAAAUAUUUGUGUGUCAUAAAUUAUCUAUUAACGGUACCAACAAAAUACACUGACUUCAUAACAAUUCGUCUAAUAAAACCGGUAAAACAAUAAA